UUUAUGAAAAUAUGCUGGUGGAGCUGCCAUUUGCUAGUUUUUUCCUCUCAAAAUUACUGGGGACAAGCGCUGAUGUUGACAUUCAUCAUUUAGCUUCAUUAGAUCCAGAAAUGUACAAAAAUUUGCUUUUUCUGAAGAGCUAUGAGGGGGAUGUGGAAGAACUUGGACUAAACUUCACUGUGGUGAAUAAUGAUCUUGGGGAAGCACAGGUGGUUGAGCUGAAGCCAGGUGGAAAAGAUAUUCCCGUUACCAGCGCGAACCGAAUUGCUUACAUCCAUUUGGUGGCAGACUACAGGUUAAACAAACAAAUUCGACAACAUUGCCUGGCUUUCCGUCAGGGACUGGCCAAUGUUGUGAAUCUUGAAUGGCUUCGAAUGUUCGAUCAACAGGAAAUACAGGUUCUGAUUUCUGGUGCCCAGGUUCCUAUUAGUUUGGAUGACCUUAAAUCUUUCACAAACUAUUCAGGUGGCUACACAGCAGACCAUCCUGUAAUUAAAAUAUUCUGGAGAGUUGUAGAAAGCUUCACCGAUGAAGAGAAACGCAAACUACUCAAGUUUGUAACAAGCUGCUCUCGACCGCCUCUUCUGGGGUUUAAGGAGUUAUAUCCUGCAUUUUGCAUUCACAAUGGAGGAUCUGAUCUAGACAGGCUACCUACUGCCAGUACCUGCAUGAACUUGCUGAAGCUUCCCGAGUUUUACGACGAAAAUCUUAUGCGAAGCAAGCUUCUUUAUGCCAUUGAAUGUGCAGCUGGAUUUGAAUUAAGCUGAGUCGAACUGAUGCUCAUUUGGAUGAUCUGCAGAGGAACUAACCAGUGCCUACUCUACAAGCAGCACCCAUACCCAAGCAGUUUUAAGGGAAUUCUGUCUAAAAUUUCUGUGUCUUAUCAAAUAGGUUUCAUUUUUAAACACGAUUUCUUAGUUAGCUUUCAUGAAUUAAUAUUCCAUUGACACUGCUUUCUGAUUCAAAACAAUGAAUGCCGUGUGCAGAGUGGCUGUUUUCUGUGUUUAUGCGAAGAAGGAGCACAUCUAAAGAACAGUGACAUCUCAGUGAAAUUAACCAAAGAUGAAGCUUUGGCCUUGUGCUGUUCAAACAUAAAUAAUUUCCCAAACUGGCAAUAAAGUUGUGUACCAUGCAUUGGCAUUAGACAGGACUAACAUCCUGUAAUUAAUCUUUUAGGUGGAAGUGAAGCAGGUGUUUGCAGAUAUCCUAGAAAUGAGCAUGAAAAUGCUCAUUACUGAUAACCUAACAUCUUUACUUGUAGAAUUGUUUACAAAUCAUAGUUGUUGCAGAACUGGUUUUGUACUAUCUUCCCUCAAGAUGGUAGGCACUGAGAUAAAGCGUUUAUAAAUAUUCAGUUUGUGCUUUCUGAAAUACUUCGGAGAAAUUGGAUUCGCAUUAGUUUAAGUUUAACCUUUGGCUGCAUCAUUGUCACUUGAACACUGUGGUGAGUGGAUGUGACUAUCCAUGUGUUCUCUGUCCUGUUACUGUCCUUUGUGUCUGUACAGAUUUUUUUUUGAAAUGUAUCAGACUCCUAUUGCAUACACAGUACAUACAAAAAUCAUCACUUUGAAAAAAUACACAUAUGUAACAAUUAUUAAAAUUAUUUGAAC